AUGCCCGACGGGCUAUCGAUAGACUAUGAUCAUCCACUGAACGGAACAAUGGCGGCCUACGUACAACAGGUCCUGGCCUGUACCGGACAAGGAGAUUGGACGAGUCGUAUCGAGGACGAUGGGAUGGACCAAAGCUGGGGUGAGCUUGUAAGGGGUUUAAAACGCCUAAUGGGUCGCGGGGGGCGCUAUGCCGAUCCAUUCAACAAUGUUUUGGUUAGCAAUUCUUCUUUCUCUGCAUUUUCUGCACCCAAGACAGGCGUAUCUACUGCGGCGGCCUUCCUCUUCCCUAGUUUCAAGUAUUUCCCCUCGAUUCCCGUCGAUAUUCUAGAGUCGCCUCGCACAGGGACCAACCUUUCGACUUUUGUCCAAGCCUUCCUCCUCCCCAACAAGCUUAGUGCGAUGGCAGAGUCUCUUCCGGAUUCCCGAAAGACCGAAUUAACUCGCAAACCCGACUUGGCGUCAGAGUUCCCAGAUGCCGUUGAUAUUCAGAAGUCACCUGUUAUAUUGAUAUGCGGCCAUGGUGGCCGUGACAUGCGAUGUGGCGUAAUGGCGCCUAUCCUCGAGAAUGAGUUCCAACAGGCUCUUCGGCGGAAGGGGUUUACGUCGGCCGGUAGUGACAACAACGUGAUCGAUAGUCCCGAACACGCCCACGUUGGGCUAAUUAGCCAUGUCGGUGGACACAAAUACGCUGGAAAUGUGAUUGUGUAUAUUCCUCCAGGGAUGUUGCUAGAAGACUCUUCAGCACUGCACCCACUCGCAGGCAGGGGCAUCUGGUAUGGGCGAGUAGAACCAAAACAUGUGCAGGGGAUUGUGGAGGAGACUAUCAUAGGCGGCAGAGUAUCCCUUGUCCGUCUACAAUUAAACUCGUCUAAAGCGCUUUUUGCGCUAGGACGACGUGGAUGCCGGCUCCGCUCUUCGCCAUGGCAUGUUGUCUCCCGUUUUGCGACGACGCAAUCCCCAGCUCCAAAUAAGAAACUCGAUUUGUUAGCGAUAGACAAGAAAUGGCAGGCGAUAUGGCACUCGGAUGGAGCGAAGAAGCCUUGGAAUACGGCGGGUAGAAAGGAUGCCGGGAAGGGCAGACCCAAGAUCUAUAUUCUGUCCAUGUUCCCGUAUCCAUCUGGAACGUUGCAUAUGGGCCAUCUGCGGGUAUACUCGAUUUCAGAUGUAUUGGCACGUUUCUACCGGAUGCGUGGUUAUGAUGUUCUCCAUCCAAUGGGCUUUGAUGCCUUUGGGUUACCGGCGGAAAAUGCGGCCAUUGAGCGGGGAAUUGAUCCGGCUGAAUGGACCAAGGGAAAUAUGGCUAGGAUGAAAGAACAGCUCCGGGGUAUUUCGACUUCUUUUGACUGGGAUAGGGAGCUAGCAACGUGUACCCCAGAGUUCUACGAGCAUACGCAGCGUAUAUUUCUGAUGCUUUACAAGAAAGGCCUUGCAUAUCAGGCAGAGGCUCUUGUCAAUUAUGACCCAGUUGACAAAACGGUGUUGGCAAACGAACAGGUGGAUUCCAAUGGCUUCUCAUGGCGUUCUGGGGCAAAGGUUGAACAACUUAUGCUGAAACAAUGGUUUUUUCGCAUCACGGCAUUUAAAGAAGACCUGCUAAAUGACUUAAGUUCCCUGAAUGGCGGAUGGCCGAACCGCGUUCUCUCGAUGCAACGGAAUUGGCUGGGGAAGUCAACCGGGGCGAAGAUCAAAUUCCCUGUUGCAAUCGAAGGGAAUGCACAUGCCCGGGCCAAUCUAGACGUCUUCACUACACGGCCAGACACGCUCUACGGAGUCGAAUACCUCGCUAUCUCUUUAAAUCAUCCUAUUGUCCAAAUGUCUGUGGCGAAGGACGCGGCGCUGCGAGAAUUCUUAGACAGAGCUGUGUCGCUUCCACCGGACUCUAAAGCCGGGUAUAGGCUGACCAACGUCAGCGCCUCUCACCCGCUGCAGAUAGUAGACAGGGAGUGUCCUCAUAUCACUCGUGAAUUGCCCGUUUUUGUAGCACCCUACGUUCUUGGUGACUACGGCGAAGGAGCCGUGAUGGGGGUACCGGGCCAUGAUUCUAGGGAUUUGGCGUUCUACAAAGACAACGUGAACCCUGAAUACAUACCUAUUGUUAUCAGCCCAGAGCGCUCAACUGAAACCGGUGGUGCAUGCAGUGAUAGUGUCGCUGCCGCAAGCAAUGCAAAGGCUUUUACGCAGGAGGGCUAUCUUACGUCGCGAUGUGGUAAAUACCAUGGCCUUCAUUCCCGCAAGGCUGGUGAACAAAUAGUGAAGGAUCUUCAGCGUGUCAGCCAUGGCGAUUUCGUCGAACAGUGGAGGCUGAGAGACUGGCUAAUCAGUAGACAACGCUAUUGGGGAGCGCCGAUUCCUAUUAUCCACUGCGGUAGCUGCGGACCUGUUCCUGUUCCCGAUCACCAGCUCCCAGUUGAGCUACCUAAGAUAGGCGGAGACUGGCUGAAGGGAAAGAAAGGGAAUCCCCUGGAAUCCUCCGAUGAGUGGGUACACACCAAAUGUCCCAACUGCGGAGGCCCUGCAAAGCGAGAUACUGACACUAUGGACACUUUCGUCGAUUCCUCAUGGUAUUUCCUUCGAUAUUUGGAUCCCGCAAAUACGGAGCAGCCUUUUUCACCGUCGUCCGCGCGACCGGUCGAUGUUUACAUCGGUGGAGUAGAGCACGCUAUUCUGCAUCUGCUCUACGCUCGCUUCAUCUAUAAAUUUCUGUCCCAGUCCGAACUAUUUCCGGAUCUUUCUCGAACGGGACAUCUCGCCAUGCCCUCGGAACCAUUUAAGACCCUCCUUUCCCAGGGCAUGGUCCAUGGCAAGACAUACUCGGAACCGUCUACAGGGCGAUUUCUCCUUCCUUCGGAGGUAGAUCUUUCAAGUCCGGACAAGCCCGUCAUCAAGGGCACCCAGGUCACACCCAAUGUGUCCUUCGAGAAGAUGUCUAAAAGCAAGCACAACGGGGUAGAUCCGAUGUCGUGUGCUCUGAAGUACGGGGCGGAUGCCACACGCGCCCACGUGCUCUUUUCCGCGCCUGUCAGCGAGGUGCUUGAAUGGGACGAAACGAAAAUCGUGGGUAUUGAGCGCUGGUUUGGUCGGCUGUGGAAGCUUGUGCAGGAUGCGCAACAGGAACUGGUUUUGUCGGCGUAUGUUUUGGACCCAGCCAGGUUGCUGGCGCCCUCUGGCCACGCCGACCCCCUUCCUGAAGAUUUGCAAGGUCUCAGUGACGGCGAUGCCGAUGCCGUGCUUUCCACUCAUCGGGCCAUUGCAUCAGUCACCGACUGCAUAGAAACCAACCCGUAUGGGCUGAACACCGUCAUUUCCGAUUUGAUCAAGCUGACCAAUUCCUUGGUCUCGUCGACACCCCCCUCCCCUCAGGUACUUUAUCUGUGUAUUUCCUCCCUUCUCCGGCUCUUAGCGCCCGUUGCGCCGGCGUUGGCCUCCGAGUGCUGGGAAAGCCUCCAUAACUCGGUCAAACGCAGGCAGACCGAUGGCGGCACAGAUGCUGGAGCUUACGCGCCGGUCAUCUUUGACUGCGCUUGGCCCGCUCCCCUUCUGAGCCCGCAACAGGCCGACGUGUUGUCGGCGCGAGGGGGGCAAACCGUGGCGGUGCAAAUCAACGGGAAGUUGCGGUUUACCGCCACCAUUCCACGCCGGUUAUCACCUACAACAGUCGCCGAAGCCGGUGGGAAGCCUGGGACGGUUACGGAUGAACAGGACUGGAUCGUCACGCGGAUUCUGGAGACCGAUGAAGGGCGCAUCUGGUUACGGGGGAAAAAUGACUGGGAAAAACGUAGACGGGUGAUCGUCGUCCAAGGCGGGAAACUAGUCAACGUUGUCUUCUAG